AUGAAAGACACAAUGCAAAAGUUGCAAUAUAGCCCAAGACCGAAAAGUCAGUUGUAUCCUGGUCAAUAUAAAGUUUUGAGAAGAGUGAACAAUUAUCCACGAUUUUAUCAAGGUGCUCUAUUCACAACAAGAUUAUUGGCUUUAGGUGUUGGUGUUUAUGCAGUUUUCUUUUAUAGAUGGAAUGAGGGAUUUGAUAACGUAUUCAGUCAGUUCUAUAGGUUAAGAUUAAGAGCCAAGUAUAUUUUGAAUGGUGAAUUGUCAAAACAAGAAUUGGAAGAUUUAGUUCCAAAGCAAAGAGGUUACUCGAAAAGACCACUAUCAUUUGUGUCUGAAAGUGAAGAAGGUUAUGUUAGACCUGAACCUAAGGAGAUUGAUCCUAAAUUUUUGAUGGAGAGACCAGAUGAAAGACAUUUAAUGGAGGCUCAAAAGAUCUUACAAGAACGUGAAGAACGUUUGAUGAGAGCUAUUGAUAUUGCAGAAGAACAGAUAGCUAGUGGUCAUGUUGAAAAAACGGCAUCAAACACACCAAGAAGGAAACUAUUCGGGAUCUUUUGAUUGGAGCAUUUAUUAACUUAUUUAUUCACACUCUAUUUAUUGAACUAUUUAUUACUCAUGUGACAUGAAGAGCAUAAAGUAUACACACCAACCUGUCAUAUAGAAUCCAAUAACCAGCAUCUCCACAGAAUCUCUGGUCUGGGGACGAUCAUGAUGUAGAUUUGUCUCGAGAUUUCAUCAGCAGCAAGCCUUUUCUGACUCUCAAAUUGACACAAACUUUAAUGUGAAAUUCCCACUGAUAGCCAGCAACAGUCCUUUAGAAUCCACUACAGCCAUGAUGAUUCAUGAAAUUGACAAAAAAAUUUAACUCGAGCAAUGAAAUUUUAUCAAGGCGCAAAACCGUCAAUCGCGAACGC